AUGCUCGAAGGCGCUCCUCAACCAGACUCAAGAGUCCAGAACUUCGAGGAAGAAUGCAUUCGUAAAGGCAAGGACAUCUGUGCCUCCAAGGGUCAAUUGGCUCGACGUCCGGGCUAUGGCACCAAGGGACGCCCGAUCAUUCUGCGUACCAACUUCUUCGAGAUGGCUUUCGAUAAAAAUGUCCGGUUUUACUCUUAUCGCAUCGGAAUCAAGCCGGAACCAGAACCGAAACGCCAUCUCAAAGAUAUCUUCAAAAAGCUGCUUGAAGAAGAAAAGGUUAUUGCAGUCAAAGCCGCUACUGAUGGUGUUAGCGAGCUCGUUACCUGUGCCGAAAUCAAGGAUACACGACCCUUGCCAAUUUCUGUCGACAUGAAUGGCAACGGCGAAAAGAAGAAUUAUCAAGUCAGCUUCAAUUUCCAUGGUAUAAUUGAUCAUAAUCAGGUCUUGACCGGGCUUCGGGAUGCAACGAUGAAAAGCCAGAUUCCCGAUGAAGCUAUCUCUAUCCGUGCACUGAACAUCUUGAUGGGGAGGUCGCCGUACCAUGAUCCGGGCAUAGUCACCAUUGGCAAAGGCGGAAACAAGUUCUUCAGGAUUGAUCAGCGUUGUCAGUCUAUGUACCUUGAGGGUGGACUCGACUGCAUCCGUGGCUUCUUCGGUAGUGUGCGCUUGUCCGCAGGUCGCAUCUUACUCAACGUCAAUGUUAACCACGGUGCCUUCUACCGCCCCGGGCCGUUGGCAUUCCUAGUCAAUGAAUUUGAAAAGGUCUUUGGCCAGGACCGUCAUAUGUUCAACAAGUAUGUCAAAGGUAUCCGGGUCGAGCUCUCCCAUUUAAAGCACGAGACAAAGGAUGGCAAAGAGCCUCGUGUCAAGGUCGUCUGGGGCCUGGCAACUCCUCGUGAUGGAAGAAGAGGGGAACACCCUCCUCGUGUUCCUCGUGUUGGAUCCUGUGCAGAUAACGUUGAGUUCUAUAUGUACGAUCGGGACAAGCCACAGGCAAAGGGUCGCUACAUCAGCGUCACCAACUACUUCAAACAAGAGUACAAAAUGACGCUGCGAUAUGGCGACAAGCCUGUGAUGAAUGUCGGUAAUACGGAACGGCCGACCUACCUUCCUUUGGAUGUCUGCACCAUCUUACCUGGCCAAAUCUACCAUGGCGAACUUGGUACUGCCCAGCGUCGGAAUAUAAUCAAGUUCAGCUGUCGACGACCCCCAGAGAACUAUACGUCCAUUACACAAGACGGACUGGAUAUCAUUGGAGUCAACAGGCAAGACACGGAUAAACUCGGCAUCCACAUUAACCCAAAGAUGACUGUUGUUCCCGGACGCAUCCUGAAUGCCCCUAGUCUGAAAUAUGGAUCGAAAAAGGAGGUCCCACGAUUCGGUGCAUGGAACUUGAUUAACAAGCGCUUCUGCUCAGCUGCUACUAUCAACAGGUGGACUGGAGUCUUGAUUCGCCGAGUUGACAGGGACGGAAGACCUAUCAAUCCUCCAGGAAAUGUGGAAAAUGCACUGAAGAGCUUUUAUGCCAAAUCGAAGGACUUGGGCAUUAAUAUGUCUAUUCCAAUACUCCCAGUCCACAACGUUGACCUGAACCAAAAUGAGACCAAACAACCAGCACAGAUUGGCAUGAUGUUCGAUAAAAUGAAAGAACUUCGCGUUGAGCUGGUGCUGGUGCUGCUUCCGAACGGUGCGGAUCGGGUUUUUGAAUUCGUGAAAUGGGUUGGCGAUACGAAGGCUGGCAUCUUGAACCACUGUUGUCUUGCCUCCAAGUUUAUUCCUGGAAAUGACCAAUACAUGGCCAACAAUUCCUUGAAGAUCAAUCUCCGCAUGGGUGGUGUGAACCAGGUGCUCGAAACUCCUCCUACAUUGCUGUCAUCGGGAAAGACGAUUGUCGUUGGCCUUGAUGUGACGCACCCAUCUCCAACGGAUCCAGACACAUUCCCCAGCAUCGCCUCUAUUGUUGCCAGCGUGGACGGUCGCCUUGGACAAUGGCCUGGUCAGGUAAAGAUCCAGCAACGUCGGAUGGAGAAUGUCCAGUUCCUGAAAGAGAUGCUGCUGGCCCGUCUGCAGCGAUGGAAGAAGGACAACAAGGAGCUGCCGCAGAACAUCCUUAUCUACCGUGAUGGUGUCAGUGAGGGUCAGUACCAGAUGGUCCUGACAGAAGAAAUGAAAGGGGUGAGAGAUGCCAUCCAGGCCAUCUACAAGAAUGAGCCGCCCCGGGUCACUAUCCUGGUCUGUGGCAAACGCCAUAAUGUGCGAUUCUUCCCCACAGCCCAACAGGACUGUGAUCGGACUUCAAAUCCCAUCAAUGGAACGGUUGUGGACCGCGGUGUCACUCGCCCCAUCUAUUGGGACUUCUAUCUCCAGGCACAAAGUCCACUUCAGGGCUCAGCAAGACCGGCCCACUACAUUGUGAUCCACGACGAGAUCUUCGGUGCUACCGCUCGAGAUGGUGCCGCCGCCGUCGAUAGCCUCCAGGAGCUAACCCAUAGCAUCUGUUACAUGAUGGGCCGCUGCACUCGCUCCAUCAGCUACAGCACACCUGCCUUCCUUGCUGACCGAUUUGCGGAUCGCGCGCGGAAGUAUGUCCGGGCCUACUACUUCGAGAAGCAAUAUAUCCAGAAUGUCCAGGAUGCGCCGGGGCCGGAUGAUAUUGUUUCCCGUUUGUCCCCCAAUGUUUCCGAGAACAUGGUUUACAUUUGA